AUGCAGGUGGGCCCCGAAGCCGGCCAGAGGAUGUACAAGCAGUCGAUGGCUCAGCGAGCCAGGACCAUGGCUCUCUACAACCCCAUCCCCGUCAAGCAGAACUGCUUCACAGUCAACAGAUCCCUCUUCAUCUUCAGUGAAGAUAACGUUAUACGGAAAUACGCCAAGAGAAUAACGGAAUGGCCUCCGUUUGAAUACAUGAUUUUAGCUACAAUUAUUGCCAACUGCAUCGUGCUGGCUCUGGAGCAACAUCUGCCUGAUGGAGACAAGACACCCAUGUCAGAGAGACUGGAUGACACUGAGCCCUACUUUAUUGGAAUAUUUUGUUUUGAAGCUGGUAUAAAAAUCAUCGCCCUGGGCUUUGUUUUCCACAAAGGCUCUUACCUCCGGAACGGCUGGAACGUGAUGGAUUUUGUUGUGGUCCUCACAGGGAUUCUGGCAACUGCUGGGACUGACUUUGACCUGCGGACCCUCCGAGCUGUGCGGGUGCUGAGACCCCUCAAGCUGGUGUCAGGAAUCCCAAGCCUGCAGGUUGUCCUCAAGUCCAUCAUGAAGGCCAUGGUGCCCUUGCUUCAGAUCGGGCUGCUCCUCUUCUUCGCCAUCGUGAUGUUUGCCAUCAUUGGGCUGGAGUUCUACAUGGGCAAGUUCCAUAAAACCUGCUUCUCCAACGAGACAGGUGAUGAGGUGGGAGACUUUCCUUGUGGAGAGGAGCCUCCUGCCAGGCAGUGUGAGAGUGGGACCACCUGCAGGGAGUACUGGCAAGGGCCCAACUAUGGCAUCACCAACUUUGACAACAUCCUCUUUGCUGUGCUCACCGUCUUCCAGUGCAUCACCAUGGAGGGGUGGACAGACAUCCUCUACAAUACCAAUGAUGCUGCAGGAAAUACCUGGAACUGGCUUUACUUCAUCCCUCUCAUAAUCAUUGGCUCCUUCUUCAUGCUCAACCUGGUGCUGGGCGUCUUAUCAGGUGAAUUUGCCAAAGAACGAGAAAGGGUAGAAAACCGUCGGGCUUUCCUGAAGCUCCGCAGGCAGCAGCAGAUUGAACGGGAACUGAACGGGUACUUGGAGUGGAUCUUCAAAGCAGAGGAGGUUAUGCUGGCAGAGGAAGACAAGAACGCAGAAGAGAAGUCUCCUCUGGACGCUCACAGGCAGGGGCGGACUAGCAGCGGCAGCAGCUACAACAUGUUGAAAAGAGCUGCAAUAAAGAAGAGCAAAAAUGACCUGAUUCAUGCUGAAGAAGGGUCUCCUUUUGCCCGUGCCAGUUUGAAGAGUGGGAAGAAUGAGAGCUCAUCCUACUUCAGGAGGAAAGAGAAAAUGUUCCGGUUCUUCAUUCGGCGCAUGGUGAAAGCUCAGAGCUUCUACUGGAUUGUCCUCUGUGUGGUGGCCCUCAACACCCUCUGCGUUGCCAUGGUACACUACGACCAGCCAGAGAAGCUCACCACUGCCCUGUAUUUUGCAGAGUUUGUUUUUCUGGGUCUGUUCCUGACCGAGAUGUCUUUGAAGAUGUAUGGACUGGGGCCAAGGAACUACUUCCACUCUUCCUUCAACUGCUUUGACUUUGGGGUCAUCGUGGGAAGUAUCUUUGAAGUGAUUUGGGCUGCAGUGAAGCCUGGUACCUCAUUUGGCAUCAGUGUCCUGAGAGCCCUGAGACUGCUGAGGAUCUUCAAAGUAACAAAGUACUGGAAUUCCCUGAGGAAUCUGGUGGUCUCCUUGCUGAACUCCAUGAAGUCCAUCAUUAGUUUGCUCUUCCUGCUCUUCCUGUUCAUCGUGGUGUUUGCUUUGCUGGGGAUGCAGCUCUUUGGGGGACAAUUUAAUUUCCAAGAUGAAACUCCAACCACCAAUUUCGAUACCUUCCCUGCUGCCAUCCUCACAGUGUUCCAGAUCCUGACAGGGGAAGACUGGAAUGCAGUGAUGUACCACGGGAUCGAGUCCCAAGGUGGGGUCCACUCAGGGAUGUUCUCCUCCAUCUACUUCAUCGUCCUGACCUUGUUUGGUAACUAUACACUCCUGAAUGUCUUCUUGGCCAUCGCUGUUGACAACCUGGCCAACGCCCAGGAGCUCACCAAGGAUGAGGAGGAGAUGGAGGAGGCCACCAACCAGAAGCUGGCCCUGCAGAAGGCCAAGGAAGUGGCUGAAGUCAGCCCCAUGUCUGCAGCCAACAUUUCCAUAGCUGCCAAGCAGCAGAACUCCUCCAAGUCCAAGUCUGUCUGGGAGCAGAGGACCAGCCAGAUCCGGAUGCACAACUUCCGAGCCAGCUGCGAAGCCCUGUACAACGAGCUGGACCCCGAGGAGAGGGUACGUUACGCCACCACCCUCCACCUCCGGCCGGACAUGAAGACCCACCUGGAUCGGCCCCUGGUGGUAGAACCCCGGGGAGAAGGGAGGAACAACAUCAGCAAGCUGAGUCCCGUGGACGUGCAGGAGGUGGAGCAGCCCAAAGUCAGCUCUAGUGAUGGGGCAGAAGCUCCACGCAAGCACCACCGGCAUCGGGAGAAGGAGAAACUGGGAGAGCAAGAGAAGGGGGACGUGACCAAGGAUGAGAACGGGGAACCCGGCGCCAACAGCAAGGAGGAGAGGCACAGGCAGCACAGGAGCCGCAGCAAGGAGGUGGAAGGAGGGAGUAAGGAAGGGAAAAGCGACCGCAGCAGGGGGCAGGAAGGGGGGAAGAGGCACCAUCGCCGAGGGUCGGUGGAGGAAGGUGGCGAGCGGGAGCACCGGAGGCACCGGGCACACCGGCACGGCACGGAGCGGCCGGGCAAGGAGGGCAACGGGGCAGCCAACGGGGCCAGGGGCGAGCGGCGUGCCCGCCACCGGGGAGGGUCGAGGUCUGGGAACAGGGAAGGAGAACCCGGAUCCAAGGGGGAGAACGGAGAAGAGCCUCACAGACGGCACCGGCUCAGGAACAGGGCGCUGUCCACCUACGAGUCGGUGGAGAAGGAGAACGGGGAGAAGGAGGGGGAGGCUGGCGAGAAGGAGCACCGGAACCACCAGCCCAAGGAGAAUCAAUGUGAGAUUGAGGCCAGUGGAAGUGUGAGUGUCCCUGUGCACACCCUUCCCAGCACCUACCUGCAGAAAGUGCCAGAGCAGCCAGAAGAUGCUGACAACCAGAAGAACGUGACACGGAUGAUCCAGCCACCUCUGGACAAGACCACCACUGUGAACAUCCCCGUCACCAUCACUGCCCCACCAGGGGAAACCACUGUCAUACCAAUGAACAACGUUGACUUUGAAAGUAAAACAGAGGAGAAGAAAGACGUCGAUGACUUGACGAAGAAUGGACCUAAACCAAUCUUGCCUUACAGUUCCAUGUUUAUCUUGAGUCCUACAAAUCCGAUUCGGCGGCUGUUCCACUACAUCGUCAACCUGCGCUACUUCGAGAUGGUCAUCCUGAUCGUCAUCGCCCUCAGCAGCAUUGCCCUGGCUGCAGAAGACCCUGUCCAAGCUGAGUCACCAAGGAACGAUGCUCUGAAAUACUUGGAUUAUAUAUUUACGGGUGUCUUUACCUUUGAGAUGGUGAUCAAGAUGAUUGACUUGGGGCUAUUACUCCACCCUGGCUCCUACUUCCGUGACCUGUGGAAUAUCCUGGACUUCAUUGUGGUCAGUGGGGCCCUGGUGGCAUUUGCCUUCUCAGGAACCAAAGGCAAGGACAUCAACACAAUCAAGUCACUGCGAGUCCUGAGGGUCCUGAGACCACUGAAGACCAUCAAAAGGCUGCCAAAACUAAAGGCUGUCUUUGACUGCGUGGUGAACUCGCUGAAGAAUGUCCUCAAUAUCCUCAUAGUUUACAUGCUCUUUAUGUUCAUUUUUGCUGUCAUUGCUGUGCAGCUCUUCAAAGGCAGGUUCUUCUACUGCACGGAUGAGUCAAAGGAGCUGGAGAAGGACUGCAGGGGUCAGUACCUCGAUUAUGAAAAAAAUGAGGUGGAGGCACAGCCCAGGGAAUGGAAAAAAUACGAGUUCCACUAUGACAAUGUCCUGUGGGCUCUGCUCACGCUCUUCACCGUCUCCACAGGCGAAGGGUGGCCAACUGUGCUGAAGCACUCGGUGGAUGCUACCUACGAGGAGCAGGGUCCCAGCCCUGGCUACAGAAUGGAAAUGUCCAUCUUUUACGUGGUGUAUUUUGUUGUCUUCCCUUUUUUCUUUGUCAACAUCUUUGUGGCGUUAAUCAUCAUCACCUUCCAAGAGCAAGGAGAUAAAGUGAUGUCAGAGUGCAGCCUCGAGAAAAACGAGAGGGCCUGCAUAGACUUUGCCAUAAGUGCCAAGCCGCUGACCCGCUACAUGCCUCAGAACAAGCAAUCCUUUCAGUACAAGAUGUGGAAAUUUGUGGUGUCCCCUCCCUUUGAGUAUUUUAUCAUGGUCAUGAUUGCACUCAAUACCAUUGUCCUGAUGAUGAAGUUCUAUGAUGCUCCAGAAGCAUAUGAAGAAAUGUUGAAAUGCCUGAACAUUGUGUUUACAUCCAUGUUUUCCAUGGAAUGUGUGCUGAAGAUCAUUGCCUUUGGUGUGCUGAAUUAUUUCCGAGAUGCCUGGAAUGUCUUUGAUUUUGUCACAGUGUUGGGAAGUAUUACUGAUAUUUUGGUAACAGAGAUUGCGGACACGGACAACUUCAUCAACCUCAGCUUCCUGAGGCUCUUCAGGGCAGCCAGGCUUAUCAAGCUCCUCCGCCAGGGUUACACAAUCCGCAUCUUGCUCUGGACGUUUGUGCAGUCUUUUAAGGCCUUGCCUUAUGUGUGUCUCCUCAUUGCCAUGCUCUUCUUCAUCUAUGCCAUCAUUGGCAUGCAGGUUUUUGGGAACAUUGCUCUGGAUGAUGAGACCUCCAUUAAUCGGCACAACAACUUCCGCACCUUCCUCCAAGCCCUGAUGCUUCUCUUCAGGAGUGCCACGGGGGAAGCCUGGCACGAGAUCAUGCUGUCCUGCCUCAGCAACAGAGCCUGUGACCCACUCUCUGGCCUCACCAAGAAAGAAUGUGGCAGUGAUUUUGCCUAUUUCUACUUUGUGUCCUUCAUCUUCCUGUGCUCCUUCCUGAUGUUAAACCUGUUUGUGGCUGUGAUUAUGGACAACUUUGAAUACCUGACAAGAGAUUCCUCCAUCCUCGGGCCCCACCAUUUGGACGAGUUUGUUCGUGUCUGGGCUGAAUACGACCCAGCUGCCUGCUGCAGGAUUCACUAUAAGGAUAUGUACAAUUUGUUACGUGUAAUUGCUCCACCCCUGGGCUUAGGAAAGAAGUGCCCUCAUAGGGUGGCCUACAAGCGCCUGGUGAGGAUGAACAUGCCCAUCUCACCUGAAGAUCUCACCGUCCACUUCACAUCCACGCUGAUGGCCUUGAUCCGCACGGCCCUGGAGAUCAAACUGGCCUCAGGGGGUGUUAAACAGCACCAGUGUGACGCUGAGCUGAGAAAAGAGAUCUCACUGGUUUGGCCCAAUCUGUCCCAGAAGACUCUGGAUUUGCUGGUUCCUCCUCACAAACCUGAUGAGAUGACUGUGGGGAAGGUCUAUGCAGCGCUGAUGAUAUUUGACUUCUACAAGCAGAACAAGAACAGCAGGGAACAGGUUCACCCGCCUGCCGGAGGCCUGCGCCAGCCCGGAUCAGUGUCUCUUUUCCCCUCCAUGACGGCCACCUUGGAGCAAACCCAAGCUGCCCCCUUCGGCAACGCCAAGGCGUUCCUGCGCCAGAAGAGCUCAGCCUCGCUCAACAACGGCGGUGCCUUGCCAGCUCCAGAGGGUGGGAUCAAAGAGUCCAGUUCCUGGGGGACCCAACGCACCCAGGAUGUGUUUUAUGAAACGAGGACACCAGCUUUUGAACGAGGACACUCAGAAGAAAUCCCCAUUGAAAGGGUGGUAGAAAUGAGGGAAAUCAGUCCCACACUUGCCAAUGGAGAGCACCAACCAGGCCUGGAGAGCCAGGGACGGGCAGCUUCCAUGCCACGCCUGGCUGCUGAAACUCAGAGGAGCAAAGCACGGUCACCUGGGAGUUACCUAGCACCCAUCCCAGACACGAGCCCCAUGAAGCGCUCGGUCUCCACGCUGGCCCCGCAGCGUCCUCACGCCAUGCACCUCUACGAGUACUCCCUGGAGCGUGUGCCACCUGAGCAAGGGCAUCACCACCAUCACCACCGCUGCCAUCGGCGGAAAGAGAAGAAGCAGAAGUCCUUGGAGAGGUCCCCCCAUCAGCUGGCCGAUGGAGAAGCUGUGGCCCAGUCGGGUGAGCCUUCUUCCAAAGACAAGAAGCAGGAACGUGGCCGGUCCCAAGAGAGGAAGCAACACUCCUCCUCCUCCUCCGAGAAGCAGCGCUUCUACUCCUGCGACCGCUACGGCAGCCGGGACCGUUCUCAGGCCAAGUCUGCUGAUCAGAGCAGGCCCACCUCACCCAACGGAGGGCCAGAACAAGGUCCACACAGACAGGGCAGUGGUUCAGUUAAUGGGAGCCCCUUGCUGUCGACAUCUGGUGCUAGUACCCCCUGCCGGGGUCGGAGGCAGCUCCCACAGACUCCACUCACCCCACGCCCCAGCAUCACUUACAAGACCGCUAACUCCUCGCCCGUCCACUUCACCACUUCCCAAACCGGCCUGCCCACCUUCUCCCCGGGACGCCUGAGCCGCGGUUUGUCCGAGCACAACGCGUUGCUGCGGGGGGACCAACCCCCUGCCCCACCACCCGUGGCCAGGAUCGGCUCCGACCCCUACCUGGGCCACCGCGACGACGCCGACAGCCCCGCGCGUGCCGCGCCGGAGGACGCCCUCACCUUCGAGGAGGCCGUGGCCACCAACUCGGGACGGUCCUCAAGGACUUCUUACGUCUCCUCCUUGACCUCCCAGUCUCACCAAAUCCGCAGGGUGCCCAACGGCUACCACUACACGCUGGGGCUCAACACGGGCCCCGGGACUGGCACCAGAGGACGUAGUUACUACCAGGAGGCCGACGAGGACGACUGGUGCUAG